AUAGCGCUCGCGUUGCGCGCAUGUGUGUUUCUGUAUAUGUAUUAUAUCAAAGCUUAUAAGUUCUGUGAACGUGUUUCUGUGUAGGAAUAAUAAGAUGUUAAAAAUACAUAGUUGAUUUUCUUAUGUCAUCAGUUGUUUCGAAUAUCACAUGCAUAAAUGUCAUUCAAGAUGUAUACAUACGGAAUAUUUGUGACGUUUGCCGUUUUAGUAUUAGCAGAAGAAAACAAUACCGGUGACAUUGAAGCUCUUAUACAAGAUAUUUUUGGUGAGCCCUGUACUUUGGAGAACGACGUCAUUGGUUCGUGUGUUAAAUACUACCUCUGUAAUGCAAAUGGUACAGUCGUAACCGACGGCGUGGGAGUUUUACAAUCGCGGAACAAACGGGGUUCCUGUUCUAACUUCUUAGACGUUUGCUGCUUACAUGAAAACAUGAACCCUACAAGCAGUAAUAAUGAGGUUCAAAUGCCGCAACAAAAAAAAGGUUGUGGUUGGCGCAAUAAACAAGGUUUAGGUAUGCAGCCAAGUAGCCUCAAGAAGGAUGAAACUAAAAUAGGCGAGUUUCCCUGGACGGCGGUUUUGUUAAGGAAAGAGCCGAGCAAUACAAUAAAGGGAGUUCAUCAGAACACAUACAUCGGCGGUGCAUCUAUAAUACACCCAAGUGUGGUGAUGACAGCAGCUCACGUGGUAACCGGUUCAAACCUGUUCAUCAGAGCCGGAGAAUGGGACACGCAGUCAAAUGACGAACUCUACCCGUAUCAAGAUAGGAAUAUAAGCGAAAUUGUUAUUCAUGACGAGUUUAAUAAACGUAAUUUGUUCAACGACAUCGCUCUCUUGUUCCUGACAAUGCCAUUAGAAUUGGCGCCCAACGUGGGACUCGUGUGUUUGCCAUUACAAAAUUCACCAGUCGCUGAAGGCUUAAGAUGCAUAUCAUCAGGUUGGGGGAAAGAUAAAUAUGGAAAGAACAGCCCGUACCGGGUUGUUAUGAAGAAGGUGGAAGUACCAACGAUCAAUAAUGAGAAAUGUCAAUCAGCUUUUCGUUUGACACGUUUGGGUAAAUUCUUCAAGCUGCAUUCUUCCUUUAUGUGCGCUGGUGGGGAACAGGAUGAAGAUACCUGCCAAGGGGAUGGCGGAUCACCCCUUGUGUGCCCAAUUGGGAAUGACCGCUACGUUCAGAACGGUAUAGUCGCCUGGGGAAUCAACUGUGGGCUGAAAGACACGCCUGCCGCUUAUACCAACGUCACAAACUUCAGACAAUGGGUCGAUAAGAAAGUCAUCGAAAGAGGAUACGACCCUGCAGUAUAUACUUAUUGAAAUAAAAUAAAUUAUUAGCAAUGAUAA